AUGAUCUCCCCCUCGUCGACACUAUCCCACGGUCACCAUCGCCGUCAAAUUUCAGCACCAUUCGAAGCUGUGCAAACACCAGACAUGAGUCGCAUUCCGCCUUACCGAGCACACCGUCGCGGAGAGACCAUGGACUAUAGCAGCUUUGGUCCACAGGUCCUAUCCGUCGAUCGUCAGAUUGCGCCGAACAAGGUCACGCAGCUUCGAGACUACUUUAACGAAAAAGCAGGUUACCAGCAGCAAACAACCGCUGCGCAGCAGUUUGAACCAUCUUUCUAUCAAGAUCAGCAGGCUUUCAACACAUCUGGACACCCUUUGCAGCCUCAGCAUUAUCAGAGCAAUUACCCAUGGAGCCUGGAUGAGGUACAAGAAAUGUAUCCCGUAUCUGGGAAUCCAGUCAACCUUAAUGCCUCCAUUGCCCCAGCACUGGCGAGAUCUGCCAGUGAGAAUUCGAGUCCCAACGUCACCAUGAAGGGCGCCCUGCGGAAUAUGCGGGAACCCCGUGAUUCAAGACGUUGGCAACCAUUUCCCCACCAAGCUCGUCCUGUGUUUCAAAAAGGACGGGCCAAUGGCUAUGCUCAAUCUAUGGAGCAUUUCUCUGUUCAACCAGAAGUCAUUUCUUCCAAGAUGAAUGCCUACCUUUCUUACACUUCCCCAUUAACCCCUGAUCCUACCCCCAUGAAGCACACUUUUGAUUUUUCUACGUACAAUAAUGACCAUACCCCUACCAAGUCCCAGAGUUUUUCCCUUCCCCGUAUGCCGGCAUGUGAGAUGCAGAGAGCGCAUUCCUUACAAGCAGUGCACGAGUCAAGUCCUUUGCAGCUUCCCCAGCAGAUGCCAUCUCCUGCCAUUUCUUCUAUGGAUUCAUUCGCCGAGCUUGCCGCUAUGCCUUCCCCCGGUUCUUGUGGAGUUUCGCCCCAAAAGUCCAGCGUGCCACCUACUCCGUCUAUGAGAAAUCGUCGCCAGCGCGCCGAAUCUUCUGCUUCGUCAAUUUCACAGCUAUUUGACGAUGUAAAAGGCGAGACUGUCGACGAGUUUGACCUUGAUGCUCGCGUUAAGGCAUCGGUAAAGAACAGCAGCGUUUCCAGUGAUGAGAUUGCGAAGUAUAUCUCUGGCCCCGAUCCCGAAGAUAACAAGUGGGUUUGCCUUUUUGCCGGCUGCAACUGUCGUUUUGGUCGAAAAGAAAAUAUCAAGUCCCACGUUCAGACCCACUUGAAUGAUCGCCAGUAUGUUUGUGAUCGUUGCGGAAAGGACUUUGUUCGCGGCCAUGACCUCAAACGCCACCUCAAGACUCAUUCCGGCAGCAAGCCAUUUGCUUGUGCCUGUGGUGCCAGUUUUGCCCGACAGGAUGCCCUCACUCGUCACCGUCAACGUGAUAUGUGCGUCGGAGGUUUCACCGGCUUUGUCCCAAAGACUACCAAGCGUGGCCGCCCUCCGAAGAAAACCCGCCCAGAUAUGGAAACCCGUCAAACAAAGUCUGCUCGCACUCGCCAGCGUGUAGCCGAAAAGGCCACAUCUGUUUCUCCUGUCAAAAGUGAAAGCUAUGUCCUCCAAGAAGCCCCAGUCUUUGUAUCGCCCAAAUAUACACCGUCUAGCGCUAUGUCAUCCAUCACCCCGCCUGCAUCCCCCGGUGCUGUAAUGGACAAUGCUCAGUCCCCUACUCAAUCUGGAUUUUCUCUCAACUCUCAACAAUUUGAAGAUGAUAUGCUUCCUUUGCCGCUUUCGCCUCCUCAAUUGGCUCACAACCGGUAUGCCCGGGCUAUGGAAGGAUUUAAUGCCAAAGUCUCAGUCGAGUGUCCACAACAGGGUUCAUUCUAUAGCGAAAAUGCCGUUUCCUCCUAUGACGUCUCCUCACCACAUUCCGCGCCGACACUCGCGGGCUCUUCUGUGGGCUCCGAGAUUGAUGUGUUUAUGAGCCAGGAUUCUUCUAAUCAGCUUCAAGAAGAAAUUGACAGCCUUGCUAGUCAGACCUUUUCCACUCUACCGACCAGUUACGCGUCGUAUGUCGAUUCUUCCGAUUUCGGACUGGGCUCGUCAAUAUACCCUGAUGAUGCCAAGGUUUUCUCGCUUCCUUCUUUCGAUAUGGAGUCCUACUCGGACCAGAUCGAUUCUCUCUCGAGCGAGUUUCUUGUUGAUCCCUGA